CCCACCCCCAGUGACUUUCGACGCUUCCACAACAACAUCCACCCCAUCGAUUUCGACGUUUGCCCCCUCGUUAGAAGCAUCAGAUACGCGUCCAUCACGACUUACAAUUACUACCAAAAUGCCUCCUAAGAAGUCCACCACCGCCGCUCCCAAGAAGGCCGUUGCCGCCGCUCCGAGCCAUGGCUCCUACAUCGAUAUGGUUAAAGAUGCCAUCAUCAACCUAAAGGAGCGCAAUGGAUCUAGCCGUCAAGCUAUCCAGAAGUACAUCAAGGCCAACAACAAGGUUGACAACCUCACCGAUGUUGCCUUCAGGAACCACGUCAACCGUGCCAUCGUCUCCGGUGAGGAGAAGGGCGAAUUCUCGCGUCCCAAGGGUGCUUCCGGCACAGUGAAGCUCGCAAAGAAGGAGGCCAAGCCCGUUGUUGCUAAGAAGGCUGAGCCCAAGAAGGAGGAUAAGAAGGAGAAGAAGCCCGCGGCCACCAAGGCUAAGGCUGCUCCCAAGGCUGCCCCCAAGGCUGCUCCCAAGGCCAAGGCCACUGCCACCAAGGCAAAGGCCACCAAGAAGGCACCAGCACCUAAGAAGGCCGCUGCCGCGAAGCCCGCCACCACUAAGAAGACCGCUGCUGCUGCUAAGCCGAAGGCCAACGCCAGCAAGCCUCGCAAGUCUGCCCCUGCCGCCGCUGGCCCCGCCCCUGCUGUUGAGAAGGAAGUCACACGUGUUCUCGGAAAGACAAAGUCCGGACGCGUCACCAAGACCAAGGCUCCGGAGAGCGCCGUCACGAAGCCUGCAGCAAAGAAGGCGGGUGCGCCCAAGAAGGCUGCUGCUGCGAAAGCGACAGCAAAGAAGGCCACCCCUAAGAAGGCGACACCGAAGAAGGCAUGAGCGGUUCCAUCCGCACCUUUUUUCUCUGUUGAUUUUUCUCUAACCAGCUCUGACGCGCAGACAUGAUCUGUUGUUCUUCUGCGGCGUCUCACACCGUCUGCGCAAAGAGCUUGUAACGUGAUAUCCAUUUCUCUCUCUACAAUCCUCGGUGGAACGGUAUUAGCCAUGGUGCUACUAAGGGGUGUUGAUCUGUCUUUCUGUCUACAUCAUGUUGGCUGGGCGUUCUGGCGUGUUCGUGCAGGCGGGAUUUUUGUAUUUCUCUCUUCGCCUUCAGGAAAAGGUGCAUCAGCGACGUGAUGUCUGUCGUCGUGUCGAUGCAACAAAUGUCAACCCAUAAGUUCAA